UUCCUUAACAAAUGCUGCUGUACCCUCACUUCACUUGCAGCACCGAAGCUCAGAGGCGCUGACACACUUCAAAUUUGCGAGGGAAAAUCAAAUGCCGACGCCGAACUUAUCGAGCUUAGUGCACGAACUCCGAGAACGAAUCGCAGCAACUUCAUCAACGCCACCAAACACCAACACCAACACAGCAGCAGAAAACGACUCCGCUCUAGAAAUCCGAUUCCGUGCUGUCCUUCCUAAUCUCCUUCAGGCCUAUGUCGUUCCUUCUUCAUCCGCGAGCGAGCGAGAGGUGAUUGCGGUGUUGAAAUUGAUUUCACACAUAGCGAGGAAUUUUCCUGGCGUGUUUUACCAUGGUAAAGGGAGUGCCAUUUUGCCUGUUAUUGGUAGGGUUUUGCCGUUUUUCGCAGAGCCUGCGUUUCGCGCGCGGCACGGAGUGAUUUUUGAUACCGUUGGAUCCUUAUUGUCCUUGCUUCGCACUGGAGCUCGAGAUGCCUACUGUCAGUUUUUUAUUGAUGCAAUGCUGGCUGUUGAAGAUAUAUUGUACGUGGCGUCGUUUUCUGUUGAGAAUAGAAAUGUUCCGGAAUCUGGUAGAAUAAUGUUGAAGUGUUUUUGCAAGUCAUUUAGUGGGAUUUUCGAUGAUCCUGCUUGUAUUAGUGGUUUGCCGGCUAGUAGUAAACCUGAUGAUGGUGCGGGUGUUUUGAUUAAUGUCACGGGUACAGAGAGGUGGAUGACUUUUGCGACUUGGAUGGUUAAGCUUCUUAGCAAAUGUGUGACUGAAGGGACGCUUUAUGUGGAGGGACUCAUUAGUUUGGCAAAUGUUUCAGCUGCUUGUUCGCUGUUGUGUUUUGGAAAUGCUGAUUUGCAUAUGGCAUGUUUUGACUUUGCACGUGUCGUCACAUCAGUCAUAGAUCAUGAUGUUGUUCCUCAUGAGAAUAUGAUCAGGUCAAUAGCUGCAAUACUAAGUGAGGACAACGAGGGACCUUUUUUAUUCAGAAACAUGGUGUAUGAUUCAUCCUUGGGCAGUUGCCUCAAUAUAUUGCAUUCCAGCUGUUCUGAUGCUAUUGUCGAGAUAACAGCUGCAGGCUUGAUAAAUGUCUUUCCUCAGUCAAUGCAGAGAACCAAAAGCCAAGAGCUCAAGGUAGCUUUGUGCCAUUCAUACUCACGGAUUGCUAGAACAUGCCCCCCUCAUAUUUGGAGGCCAGAAUCUCUGAUACAUAUGCUUCGUUGUCCUGAACCCUUUUCUUCCUUGAUUGAUUGCUUUCAUGUAGCUCUGUCCAUUCUUGGUCCUGAUCGUGUUGGAGGGAGGAUGGAAAAUAAUGAUGAUGCAAGCUUAUCAGUAUCUGGUGAUAUAACAGUCCAGAACUCAAGUGUUGGCAAAAAGAGACAUUCUCAGAAUGUGGAUACUAUACAGACCAAACGCCGUAAGGUAGAUGACGAUGUUAUGGCUUCUGAUCCCAGUGUUCUGGCAGAGUGCAAGCUUCAUUCCAUAGUUAAUUCUAAAAGAGAAGAAGAAUAUGCUGAUUGUAUGCAUAAAUCACUUGUUUCAUUCCUCGAACUUUUAAAGCCUCCUGCUAAACCUGAUUCUUUAAGACCAGAUGUUGCGCUAGCAGCUCUUAGCAUGCUUUGCAUUGCUUUCUGUAGAUUUCCAACGACCUAUCUGUCAAUCUGUAUCUUCCAGCAGAUGCAUGCGUGGAUUCCUUGGAUAUGUGAACAGGCAGAGCAAGGAGGUUCAGUUGCACUUGAUAUUUCCAACUACCUGGAAGGAAUUCACACCAUGUUGCUUGUGCAAAGCCCCUUUCUCAUGGAGGACAAGCCUUUCAACUUUAAGGGCGACAGUACAGAUCUUAUGCAUAUCGUGCUCAAGCUUCCUUGGACUCAUCCACAUAUGGUUAUUGGUCCGCAUCCUCCUUGGAAGACAAAAUGUUUCUCCAUCCAAGUUGUCUCCAAGCUUGGUUCUAUCUUAAAAACUGAACAUGCUCUGGAACUCUUGGAUUUGGGUCUCAAUGAUGAAGCUGAAGUUAUAAUUGAAACUAUAACUUCUAUGCCGGUGAUUGUCUUGUGGUCUGGCCUUGGUUUGCAAGCAGAAAUGUUCAAAAGGCUUGACUUGCUGGGGAAAGAGGAGAACAUCAAAGUUAAGAGAAGCAUUCCCUUCACCCUUGGUUUCUUGUCAUGUUUUUACGGAUCCUGUAGUAUUGUUGAUGGCCCACCUAUAGGUGAAUGCAAGUUAUUUAUAGAUAUCAAUAAUGAGAAACAUGGCAAGACAACUGAUUAUUUACAAGGAUUCUGGUGCUCAAAGUGUGACGGAAGCAUUGUGCACAAUCACAAGGAACACUUAAAAAUAAUGCAACCGCCUGAUUUCCAAAGUGCAAGAGUGGGAUUGAAUAGCCAUUUCCCUCAGCUCCAGUCCUUGUUCUUUAAACUUCUUUAUGAUGAGUCUUCGGAAGAGGUUCAAGUUGCCUGUGUGAGAAUUAUUCGACGUAUCCUUGUACAUGGGUCUGAGGAUAUUUUAAUUAAAACAAAAUCUGAAUGGAUUAAAUGUGUUGAGUUUUUACUACUGAACAAAAAGAAGGCACUGAGAGAGGCAUUCUGCACUCAGAUCAGUUCCUUCCUUGAAAGUCCUGUACUCAGUUGUUUAUUUUUGAAUGGAGAUUCAUCCAAUAAAACUAAAGAGCAGAAGUUUUUGGGCCUAAUGAAGCAUGCUCUGUCAGCAGCUGAAGACCCACAAAUCUUUGAGACUCUUCUGGAAUGUGUAUCCCAAAUUAUGAUCGCAGUUGAUAUUCAUAGUCAACUUUUCUUGUCUUGUCUUAUUUUGUUGGUUGAUCAGCUGGAUCAUCCAUAUGUGACAGUGAGAAUGAGUGCAUCAAGGUUAAUACACAAAUCUUGCUACUUUCAUCUUAAAGGAGGAUUUGAGCUAAUCCUUUCAAAAGUAGUUCACAUCAGAAAUGAGCUGUUUGAUUAUCUAACUAUGAGGUUCACAAGCCAUCCAAAAAUGGUCAGAGAGUUUGCAGAAGCUGUUUUUGGAGUUGAAACUGAAGAGCUUGUUGAGAAAAUGAUUCCCAUUGUUCUUCCAAAGCUUGUGGUGUCUCAGCAGGAUAACAAUCGAGCAGUUGAGACAUUAUUUGAGUUGGCCAAGUGUUUAAACACUGACAUGGUGCCUCUGAUAGUUAAUUGGCUACCAAAAGUGCUUGCCUUCGCUCUUCAUCAAGCAGAUAAGCAGGAGUUACUCUCAACUUUGCAGUUUUACCAUGAUCAGAUUGGUUCGGAUAACCAAGAAAUUUUUGCAGCUGCAUUACCUGCACUUUUAGAUGAACUUGUCUGCUUUCUUGAUGGUGGUGAUUCAGUUGAGAUAAACCAAAGGUUAUCAAGAGUGCCUGACAUGAUAAAAGAAAUUGCCAGAGUUCUGACAGGUGGUGAAGAUCUACCAGGCUUUCUGAGGAAUCAUUUUGUUGGUCUCCUUAAUGGCAUUGACAGAAAAAUGCUUCAUGCAGAGGAUCUUUCGCUGCAGAAACAAGCUUUGCGACGUAUUAAAAUGCUAAUUGAAAUGAUGGGAUCACAGCUUGGUACUUAUGUGCCAAAAUUAAUGGUCCUUCUUAUGCAUGCUAUUGAUAAAGAAUCACUGCAAAAUGAGGGUCUAUCCGUCUUGCACUUUUUCAUAGAGCAAUUGGCAAACAAGUCACCAUCUAGCACUAAACAUGUCAUUUCUCAAGUUUUUGCUGCCCUUAUUCCCUUCUUGGAGAGAUACAAAGAAAAUCCUUCUACACAUUUGAACAAAGUAGUGAACAUUUUGGAAGAACUUGUGUUAAAGAACAGAACCAUCCUGAAGCAGCAUAUUCAUGAAUUUCCUCUAUUACCUAGUAUUCCUGAGCUAAUGGAAGUGAACAAAGCUAUUCAAGAAGCACGUGGGUCAAUGACUUUGAAGGAUCAAUUGCGAGAUGUUGUUGAUGGUCUUAACCAUGAGAACUUGAAUGUUAGGUAUAUGGUGGUGUGUGAGUUAAGCAAGUUACUGAAUCUGAGAAGGGGAGAUAUUACAUCUCUGAUCACUGGUGAAGUUGCUGCUGAUAUGGACAUUUUGAGCUCGUUGAUCACAGCCUUACUCAGAGGAUGUGCAGAAGAAUCAAGGACUGCAGUAGGACAGCGGCUGAAGUUGGUCUGUGCUGAUUGUCUCGGAGCAUUGGGUGCGGUUGACCCUGCUAAAGUAAAGGGAAUUUCAUCCCAGCGCUUUAAAAUUGAAUGUUCAGAUGAUGAUCUUAUCUUUGAGCUGAUCCACAAACAUUUGGCUAGGGCUUUUAGAGCUGCACCUGAUACCAUUGUUCAGGACUCAGCUGCACUGGCAAUACAAGAACUGCUUAAGAUUGCAGGUUGUGAGGCAUCACUGGAUGGGACUGCUUCCCUGUCACAAACCCUGAAGGACAAGAGUACUAAAAGUAGUAGUGGAAUGAAUACGAGGGGUCAGAGAUUGUGGGACCGAUUCUCAAAUUAUGUCAAAGAGAUAAUAGCCCCUUGUUUAACCUCUAGAUUUCAGCUUCCAAAUGUGGCUGACUCAGCAUCAGUCGGGCCAAUUUACCGGCCUUCUAUGUCAUUCAGAAGAUGGAUAUUCUAUUGGAUAAAGAAACUUACUGCACAUGCAACUGGAUCUCGUGCAAGUAUAUUUAACGCUUGUAGAGCUCUAGUGCGGCAUGAUAUGCAACUAGCAAUUUAUCUGCUGCCAUAUUUAGUUCUCAAUGCUGUUUGUCAUGGUACUGAGGAGGCACGCCACAGCAUAGCUGAGGAAAUCCUAUGUGUUCUUGAUGCUGCUGCAUCAGACAACAGUGGUGCUGCAGUUGGUGGGCAAAGUGAAGUUUGUAUUCAAGCUGUUUUCACUCUCCUGGAUAAUCUUGGGCAGUGGAUGGAUGAUUUUGAACAAGAGCUAGCUCUUUCCCAAUCUUUCCAAUCACCUGCAUCUAAGAAACAAGCAUCCAAAUCCAAGGGUCAAGGUUCAAUUUCUUCGACAGAUCAGGAUCAACUCCUUGUACAGUGUAAGUAUGUUUCAGAACUUUUAACUGCAAUUCCAAAGCUAACACUUGCCAGGGCCUCCUUCAGGUGUCAGGCUUAUGCGAGAUCUUUGAUGUACUUUGAGUCUCAUGUGCGUGGAAAAUCUGGCGCAUUUAACCCAGCAGCUGAGAGAAGUGGCAUAUUUGAGGAUGAAGAUGUUUCAUAUUUGAUGGAAAUAUACAGCUGCCUAGAUGAGCCUGAUGGUCUAUCUGGCUUGGCAUGUCUACGCAAAUCAUUAAGCUUGCAAGACCAGCUCUUAAUAAAUAAAAGAGCAGGAAACUGGGCUGAGGUUUUAACUUCUUGUGAGCAGGCUUUACAGAUGGAGCCCUGUUCUGUUCAGCGGCAUUCAGAUGUCCUUAACUGUUUGCUGAACAUGUGCCACCUUCAGGCUAUGGUCACUCAUGUGGAUGGUUUAAUUUCUAGGGUUCCACAAUACAAGAAAACAUGGUGCAUGCAAGGUGUGCAAGCAGCAUGGAGGCUGGGCAGGUGGGACUUGAUGGAUGAGUACAUCAGCGGGGCUGAUCAUGAUGGUUUACUUUGUAGUGGUUCUGAAAGUAAUGCUUCCUUUGACAUGGAUGUUGCAAAGAUUCUCCAGUCUAUGAUGAAGAAGGAUCAGUUCUCAGUUGCUGAGAAGAUUGCACUAUCCAAACAAGCUCUGAUUGCUCCUCUUGCUGCUGCUGGCAUGGAUUCUUACGUGCGGGCUUACCCAUUUAUCGUGAAACUUCACUUACUAUGUGAAUUGGAGGCCUUCCACACUCUUCUUGUUGAUGAUUCUUUCUUGGUCAAAAAAUUCCAUCGGGGUCAUCUAGAAUUCACUAAAUUGAUGGAGAAUUGGGAACAUCGGCUCAGAUUUACACAACCAUCCCUUUGGGCAAGGGAGCCUCUUUUGGCUUUCCGAAGAUUGGUAUUUGGUGCCAGUAGUCUCGGUGCCCAUGUUGGGAUCUGCUGGCUUCAGUAUGCAAAGCUUUGUCGCUUGGCUGGUCACUAUGAGACAGCAAACCGAGCAAUUCUCGAAGCCCAGGCCUCGGGUGCACCUAAUGUUCACAUGGAAAAGGCCAAGCUUCUGUGGAGUACUAGGCGAUCAGAUGGUGCCAUUGCAGAGUUGCAGCAAACUCUCCUUCACAUGCCUGAAAAGGUUGUAGGUGCUGCUGCUAGGUCUUCAAUUACUAGCCUUUCAUUGGUUCCAUUGAAUCCCCAACCUGCAUUUUGUGAUACUCAAGCUUCGAGUGAGAAUCUAGAUAUUGCAAAGACUCUACUUUUAUAUUCCAGAUGGAUCCAUUAUACGGGUCAGAAACAAAAGGAAGAUGUCAUAACUCUUUAUACCAGGGUGAGGGAUCUGCAGCCUAAGUGGGAAAAAGGAUUCUUCUAUUUGGCUAAAUAUUGUGAUGAGGUGCUUGUUGAUGCCAGGAAACGUCAGGAAGACAAUUAUGAACUAGGUCCCAGACUGGUACCAUUGACUUCCACUUCUAUUUCUCCUUCAAACACUGAGAGGCGAUGGUGGACUUCCGCACCUGAUGUACUUUUAUUCUAUGCUAAGGGGCUGCAUAGGGGCCACAAGAAUCUCUUUCAAGCUCUUCCAAGAUUGCUAACACUGUGGUUUGAAUUUGGAAGCAUUUAUCAGAGAUGUGGCUCAUCGUCCAAUCAAGAGUUGAAAAAGGUUCAUGACAAGGUUAUGAGUAUUAUGCGAGGCUGUUUGAAGGAUUUGCCAACAUAUCAAUGGUUAACAGUGCUGCCUCAAUUAGUUUCUAGAAUCUGCCACCAGAAUGAAGAUAUUGUAAAGUUGGUCAAACGCAUAAUCACCUCUGUUAUCCAGCAAUACCCACAACAAGGCCUAUGGAUUAUGGCAGCUGUUUCAAAAUCUGCAGUCCCUUCAAGGCGGGAAGCGGCUGCAGCAAUCAUACAAGAAGCUAAAAAGGGGUUCAGCCAAGGAAACAAUGGGAGCAAUUUGUUUGUUCAGUUUGCUAGCUUGAUUGAUCAUCUUAUCAGAUUGUGUUUCCACCCAGGCCAAUCAAAAGCAAGGACUAUUAAUAUUUCAACUGAAUUCAGUGCCCUGAAAAGGAUGAUGCCACUGGAAAUUAUCAUGCCAAUUCAACAAUCUCUCACUGUUAGUUUACCAACGUAUGAUGUGAAUCUCACCGACCCCCUUACCUCUGUUAUCUUUUCUGCUUCUGAUCUUCCAACAAUUUCAGGAAUAGCUGACGAGGCUGAGAUUCUUUCAUCUCUUCAGCGACCUAAAAAAAUUGUUCUAUUGGGUAGUGACGGUAUUGAACACCCAUUCCUUUGCAAGCCCAAGGAUGACCUUAGGAAAGAUGCACGUAUGAUGGAGUUCACUGCAAUGAUAAACCGGUUGUUGUCAAAAUAUCCUGAAAGUCGUCGGAGGAAACUUUACAUUCGUACUUUUGCUGUAAUUCCACUAACAGAAGACUGCGGUAUGGUGGAAUGGGUGCCCCACACCCGUGGACUCCGGCAUAUACUUCAAGACAUAUAUAUAAAAUGUGGGAAAUUUGACAGGCAGAAGACGAAUCCUCAAAUUAAACGGAUCUAUGAUCAAUGCCAUGGUAAAAUGCCAGAAGAUGAGAUGCUAAAAAAUAAGAUCCUUCCAUUGUUCCCUCCAGUUUUCCACAAAUGGUUCUUGACCACUUUUUCUGAGCCAGCUGCUUGGUUUAGGGCUCGGGUUGCUUAUGCUCAUACCACUGCAGUUUGGUCGAUGGUUGGGCAUAUCGUGGGACUAGGAGAUCGACAUGGUGAAAACAUUCUCUUUGACUCCACCACAGGUGAUUGUGUCCAUGUUGAUUUCAGUUGUCUAUUUGACAAAGGCUUGCAGUUGGAAAAACCUGAGCUAGUGCCUUUCAGGUUAACACAGAACAUGAUUGAUGGCUUGGGCAUCACGGGUUACGAGGGCAUUUUCUUGAGGGUAUGUGAAAUCACACUUUCAGUACUGAGGACACACAGGGAAACUUUAAUGAGUGUUCUUGAAACUUUCAUUCACGAUCCUCUUGUGGAGUGGACAAAAUCUCACAAAUCCAGCGGGGUUGAAGUUCAGAACCCACAUGCACAGCGAGCCAUUAAUAAUAUCGAAGCAAGGUUGCAAGGGGUGGUUGUUGGCGUUGGAGCGGCACCCUCUUUGCCUCUUGCCGUGGAAGGCCAGGCCCGUCGUUUAAUUGCUGAAGCAGUGUCGCACAAAAAUCUUGGGAAGAUGUACAUAUGGUGGAUGCCUUGGUUUUGAGGAGUCAUUGCUUAAACUUUUUGACCAGCACGCUUGGCAUAAGAAUGAAAACUCUUAACACUGCUAUGACUUCCUGAUCCACAAACCACCGUGCUCUCUGCUGGAAUCACGUAACUAUAGGUGGGUUAUUACUUACAGGAAGAGUGGGAGAGGGGAGGAGAGGGUGAGUGAAGUCAGGAGAAAGAAGAUGAGAGAGUGCAUCAAGAGCAAUUGAUUCCGGUGAUGAUGCUACAAAUUUCUUGAUCAAACGGUUAGUAGAUGAAGUUGCUCCUUGGGUCAUGGUGGGGACUCCUGCAGAGAAGAAGCGCUGGACUUCUUUGCUAGUUGCUGCUAAACUUUGGUUGAUAAAUCCAGUGGUGGCGGCGGCUGUGAAAAUAAGAUAGUGGUUGUUGACGGUGGCUGAUGUGGUGUUGGUUCCAUGGUACGAGCGAGGUUGUUUAUCUUUUGGUGACACCACACUUGCGUGUCCAUAGUUAGAACUGGAACUUACAAAAACAAGGAGGUACGGAGGAGGGUUGGAGGAGCUUGCACGUUGAAAGGGUUUUUUUUUUUUUUUUUUUCCUGUGUGUGUGUACUGUCAACUGUGAAGGCAGGAGUUAUUGUGGGCUUUUUGAAAAGAUUGUAAUGGGUUGGAUUUUACUAAAAGGCUCAAAUCACAAAUAACGUAUAAAUAGAAUCAAAAGCUUUGAAAUAAA